AUGACCAUUGUUGGCCGUUUCCCAUUGACAAUCUUUCUGAAAAGCACGGUUCUUGGCGGGGUUGAUGAUAGGGAAUUCGGGAUUCAUGUGGAUGAUGUUGAGGUAGGCGAUGAAGAAAUGGAUGUGGAGGUGCGCUUGAUUGGUCUUCGCUCGAAAUGGAGAGUCAUCAUACCACCGAGGAAACCCACUGGAUUCCACAUGGAUGUUGGUGGAACAAAUGCUGGUGGUUGUGUCGUGCCGAGCAUCACUUUCGAUUUCUGCUCGAUCCAAGUCGGCUCGGAUUGUGCUCGCGGAUGGAUUGGGUGCUCCGUUUUUGGAGGAAUACGA